AUGAGUCUUCAAGCUUGUGUUAAUGUACAAAUUCCCAAAUGGUUCAGUGGUCUCAAUGGGCAAGCUUUGUUUCUAGAUACUGAAGGAAACUUCAUACCUGAACGUGUUCGGCAAAUAGCUUCUGCAUUGGCAGAUCAUUGUAAACAUCAUUAUAUUGAAUCAAAUCCGGAAAGAACAGAUGAAUCUUUCAUUAAACAAUAUUGUCCAACUGUUGAAAGUCUAAUGUCUGGAAUUCACUACAUACGAAUAACUGAUCAUUUGAAGUUAUUAGCUGUUUGUCGACAUUUAGAACAAUUUUGUGACCAACAUCCUUUGAUUCGAUUGAUUGUGGUUGACAGUAUCGCUCUCCCGUUUCGUUACGAUUUUGACGAUAUUCCUCAGCGUAAUAGAUUAUUGGCAAGUGUAACACAAAUGUUGCUCUGCGUUGCUGGGCGUCAACAAGCUGCGGUUAUUCUUACAAAUCAAAUUACAACUAAAUUCGAUGCGAAAGAUUUGAAUUCAAAACAAUUUGAUUGUAUCAUAGAAGAGAAAGUUGUAAAAGAACAAUGCAGAAACGAUCAAAAUUCAUAUCUAGUACCUGCACUUGGAGAUAGUUGGGGGCAUAUUUGUUCUCUCCGUGUUUUCUUGACACGUUUAACUACAGGUAUUCGUCAGGUAACACUGCUGAAACAUCCUGGAAGACCAUAUGGUGUUGGGUAUUAUCAAAUUACAACUGGUGGUAUUCGUGAUCUUGUUCAAAACAAUAAAUGUAAUAAACACUUGCCAGAGUAA